AUGAAUUCUGAAGAAACAGUAGGUGCUUUCUCUGGUGUGAAUAAGGAUAAGAAGGAACAGGACCCAAGUGUAGGCGCAAAGAGCGAGUCAUGUGACAACAUCUUUUAUCCAAUUCUUCCUAUUUCCGCUGAACUCCAACAACACCUCCAAGUUCUAAACGAAGUGAAAACGCCGUCUACAACCCUUUACCAUCAUUCCGCACAUGAUAAGCCAUUCAAAUCAUAUACAAAUGUCCUCAAAAUAUCUGUCAUUUCUCUCCUUUCCCCAUAG